AUGGCGAACAGAUCGAACGACGCCUACAACUCCGUGCCCAAUGUCGGCCCUACGCAGCUGAACACGGAUUACAACUCCCUGGCCGGCUCUCGCCCUGCGUCCUACAUCGCGAAUCCGUCAAUUGGAGCCUCUGACUUCCAGGUCCGCGGCAUGCCAGACGCGUCUCCCCUGCACCAGCAGGCCGCCCAUCAGUCUCGAUUCCACGAAGCCUUCUCGGUCAGCCAGCGCGGCUCGACGAUGGACGGGAGCUCGCUCAGGGACCAGCCGCGGACGGACUCGCCGGCCUCGGGGUCGAACACUCUCGCUCUCCCGUCCCGGAGCGCGACGCUGAAGAAGAAGCCGUCGCUCAGCAAGAAGGCCAGUCUGCGGCGCGGAGGCAGCAGGAAGAGCAGCCGGGCAGGCAGCGUGCGCAGCAUGCACCUGGGGGAGAAGGAGAAAUACGGCGUUGCGCAGGACGAAGCCAACAGCGCAUUCUACGUUCCCAUCCCGACGACCGGGAAUCCGACAGAGGUUCUUACGGCCAGGUUCCAAGCUUGGAGAAAGGUUCUCAAGGACCUGGUCGCAUUCUUCCGCGAUAUCCAACGGUCGUGUGAAACGCGCUCGAAGAGCCUGUUCUCCGCUUCAAACGCUAUAAAUAAUAUAGUCAUGCCGCCGACGUUUUUGAUUUCAGGCGGUAUAGCCGAUGCGACUGAGAUUCUAAAGGACUAUCACAAACAGGCGCUGCAUGAAUCUAAUAAAGCUAGAGAGAUGGAGACAGAAAUCAUCCUGCAACUCAACGGGCUGCGGGCUGACCUGGGGCAGAAAAUUAAGGAAAUCAAAAACCUGUCCGGAGAUUUCAAGAAUAGCGUCGACAAGGAGGUCGAAAUUACCCGAAAGGCCGUCAAGCAUCUGCACGAGGCUCUCGGUCUGGUAGAUAGUGAUGCUGCCGCUACGUCGGGCAAAGGUGACCCCUUUCUUCUCCGGAUGAGUGUCGACAGGCAGCUGGAGAGACAGAUUGAGGAGGAGAACUAUCUGCACCGGGCAUACCUGAACCUGGAAAGGUCUGGGCGAGAACUCGAAUCAAUCGUCGUCGGAGAAAUACAGAAGGCGUAUAAUGUAUACGCCAGCAUAUUAAAACGGGACGCAGAUACUGCGUAUAAUGCCGUAGAUAGGCUGAAGGAGGGGCCUAUCUCGAUUCCCAAAGACCAUGAGUGGCGCUAUUUUAUUAACCAGACCGAUCAACUGAUUGACCCGGAGUUAGAUCUCAGAGAUCUCGCAAAUAUAACUUACCCCGGGAAAGAUCACCCAGCAGCGGCAGAAGUGCGAGCAGGUAUGCUGGAGAGAAAGAGCAAGUAUUUGCGAAGUUAUACCCCCGGGUGGUACGUGCUAUCGCCUACUCACUUACACGAGUUCAAGUCAGUGGAUCGCAUCGCAUCCCAGCACCCGGUAAUGUCCUUGUAUCUUCCCGAGCAAAAGCUAGGAUCUCACUCGACGCCCGAAUCAUCGUCCCACAAAUUCAUGCUCAAGGGUCGUCAAACUGGCUCGAUGCAUCGUGGGCAUGCUUGGGUUUUCCGCGCAGAAUCCCACGAAACUAUGCUCGCGUGGUAUCAUGACAUCAAAGCCCUGACAGAAAAGACGGGUGAGGCAAGGGAUGCCUUUGUUCGAAGGCAUGCUCGCUCUUACAGUGGCGCCAGUUAUAGAACCGCCUCAAUCAGCAGUGACGGGGUCAUGGAGGAAGACGAAGCCGACAAGACCCCCUACUCGGCAGACCAUAUAAUGCAGAAUCAAGCCUCCCCCAUACACGACAACACCGCCACUCAAUGGCGACGGCAGAAAAGCGUCGGCCGGUUCCCAAGUGAUGUUCAGAUAAAUCAGCAUUUGAAUGCGCCGCUCUCACCUUCUAGCUCUGAGAGUCGUGAUGUCAACACCGUGAUGCCGAUCUCGAACACGAUCUACAACGAGCAACGACAGAGCCAGCAGUUCAAUCAGGGCAUCAAUGACUUGCCAGACAGGACCGCUGUCAACGGCGAAGCCAAGCAGGGAAGGCCAAUGUUCGACAGACGACUGCACCUCAAAUAUGACGACUGGGUACAUAUGCACCCCGAACCAGGUGCCCCUUCAUCCCAAGGUGGAGAUGCCAGUCGGGUCGUGCCGCAACCCCCUUCUCCACUCCCAGAGUCUCCCCUACGCUAUAGCCAGGGGCCUCCUCUCGAGGAUAUCACGGACCACGAUCAUCAAGCCACUACACCCCAUCCACACACCGGCCAUGACGUCAAGCCUGGUGGUAUAAACGGGGUUAAACAUCAGCCAGGCGCCGAUGGCAAAGCUAUAGAGCCGAUUGUCACUGAUGGGGUAACCAAUAAUCGGUCAUCGAUAUAUCCAACUUCGCCCCUCGAGCAGCCGAUGUCCCGCACAUCCACUAUGGAUUUAAAGGUUCCCGGCCAAUUUCCGUCCCAAAAACAUUAA